GCAAUGACCAUGAAGCGCAUGCUGGAAACCUCAUUUCCUGGAAUUCAUGUUAUCUUGCAAAAUUAUCCUCCGCCAUUCCCCAUGCGCGUACUAGGCAAAGUUGUGCCAAUUCUUCAAGUUGGAGCCAUUGCGACAAUAAUGGCUGGUGAUCAGAUUUUCCCCAGGCUUGGAAUGGUUCCACCACCAUGGUACUACUCGCUGCGUGCCAAUAAAUUUGGAACUAUGACGCCAAUCUGGCUAUUUGGCAACUUUGCUCAGCCCUUUCUACAAAGCUCUGGUGCCUUUGAAGUUUACUGCAAUGGAGAUCUGGUAUUCUCAAAACUUGCUGAGCAAAGGUUCCCUAGUGAGUUCGAGCUGCGGGAUUUCAUUGCCAACAGAAUGCCGGAGUCUCCAUUUGGGGGGGCUAUGGGUAAAGCCUUGAUUUAG